AUGGACGAAGGCGAUAUCCCCCAAGAGGUCCCCGCUUCCGCUGACUACGAAGGCGAGCAAGAGAACGUGCUGCGCGGCCACAAAGCCACCAUCUCCAAUCCAAACACCUCUCAGCAAGCCAAGGAGAAGGCACGCAAGGUGCUCGAGUCGUACGACGAGCCAUAUGACGAGUCCACAGCCAGUCACGGAACGACUGAGAAGCAGGAGAAGGACCCGGGCAAUGUUGCGCGUGGGCUGAAGGCGAGCAUUAGCAACCCCGGCGUGUCUGAGGAAGCCAAGGAGGCCGCCAGGGAGAAGUUAAAGAAGUUGGGUGCCCACCCCAAAAUCAUCAUGUCCGGUCAAGCAGCCCCGUACCAAGUGGACGAGCCCGGCGCCGACCUCCCGCGCGGCGCGCCCCCCGGUCAGGUCAGCGACCCGUCGUACAAAACGUCCCAGGGCGAAGCGGUGCCCGUGGUGGAUGAUGACGCGCCCCUCGACGACCCCAUGAAGCCGGGCAAGGCCGACUCGGACCAGCAGCUGGAACAGGACGAGCGCGAGGCGAUUGACAAGGGAAAUAUCAUGAAGGAGAGGACUCGCCAUGCUACGAAGCCGGCUGGUACCUAUGCGGAGCCGACUGACGAAGAGAUGGGGCUGAAGGAGUAA